GAGCGCUGAACUCAGUAAAAUUUCGGCCGUUCGCUCCUUGCUUCCAACAAAAACAAACUUGCUCUGACAGCGUUGUAAAAUUAGGAUUUUUGUGUAUGGAAUCUCAGAGGGAGGUCUAUGUGUUUCUUUUUGAAUUUCAGCAAAAAUGAGAAUGAGUGAAGCUACGGAUAGAGUUCUUAGGACCCGAUCUAAAAGCAUUGUGAGACAGAGGAGAAUAUCUACUGAUCAUGUUACUAAUACACAGAUAACUGAAAAAGAAGUGAUUUGGAAGAAAAGCGCUACAUUUGACGAUAGUUCUCGUAUUGUUGGAGAACUAGGAGGAAAUCAUGAAUCAGCUGUGUUUGAAGACAGACUGCAUGGUAAUGGAGAUGUGGAGAUAAAUGACAACCUGUUGAAUGAGAAUUUUGUGAGAAAUUUUGAAGAAGAGGAGAGUCCAUGGCAGAAUGGCCAUUAUAAGCCUGUCUCAGAGAUUGUCGCCUAUUACAGAAGUCUAGGGGAUUGGUGGAACGUUCUCCCCAAAACCGACUACACCUACAACCCCAUGUCGAAGUGGUACAGGAAGGAGAUUGCUCCUGGCAUACCCAUGAUACCAAAUAUGGCCCGACCACCCCUACAUCCCUACACCCCUAAGGCAUCGUUUUUCGGAUGGUUCACCAGAGAACAAACAAACACAAGGUCAUCUGCGAGAGAUAACAGUGUGUCAUCCAGCUGUUCGUCAGCUGUUAAGGUGUCGUGGUAUCGUCGGCUGGUGACCACAGUUGUGACAGCUGUCACCACAAUUUGGGUGACAGUCACAAGUGUCACCCACAUCACAGCUGGCAGAACGCACAAUGUGAACGGGAUACAUACACAACGCCUCAAAG